ACUAAUAGUAACCAACUUCAAAGAAGAAUAUUAGAAAUAUUCUGGAAAUUCUAAGUGACAGCUCUUUUUAUGAGUAGCAGUGUGGGAAUAUAUUAUCUUUUGUUCAGUAUAGAUAUUGCAGCUCUUUUUCAUUGGACCAGAUAAAAUGAAAGUAGAAUUGAAAAGGAGGUAUUGAUUGUUGCCUUGUGCUUGCAUGACCUUGGCAGAACAGUAUUGUAGGAAUGUUUUCGAAUGACUCAUCAAAAACUUAAUGAAAGUAAGAGGGGCCAGUGUUUGGAACAAAAGAAUGCUGUAAAUUCUAAAGGAAACCACACUAUUGAACUGACAGGAACAGUGCUUAACUCUGUAUUUUGACUCCUGAUUGUCUUAAUGGAAUUUACUGUUAUAUUCUAAAAAGCUAAUGAGAAUUAACCACAGUAUCCAGAUUUUAUAACAAAUAAUUCCAGAAAGAAACUAUGCUUCCAGUAUCCUGGACUUCAGGAAAGAAGUGUUCUCUUCAUGCAUUCUAAAAUAACAAUGGUUCAGGUGUCCUAAACCACAAAGAUAUAUUCCUUUGAAUCAACCUAAAGCUGCAACUGAUGCCUCAGUGUGUUUGGAGAAUAAAUGUGGAUAUCCCUGAAGAAGCUAAUCAGAAUCUUUCAUUCAGUGCUACUGAGCGAUGGUGGGAACAGACAGAUUUGACCAAACUAAUCAUAUCAAACAAUAAACUUCAGUCACUUACUGAUGACCUCCGACUCCUUCCUGCACUGACUGUUCUUGAUAUACAUGAUAAUCAGCUGACAUCCCUUCCUUCUGCUAUAAGAGAGUUAGAAAAUCUUCAGAAACUUAAUGUCAGCCAUAACAAGCUGAAAAUACUCCCUGAAGAAAUUACAAAUCUAAGAAACCUGAAGGGCCUAUAUCUCCAGCAUAAUGAACUAACUUGCAUACCAAGGGGAUUUGAACAACUUUCCAACUUAGAAGAUUUAGAUCUUUCGAACAAUCAUCUUACAACUGUUCCUGCUAGUUUUGCUUCUCUAUCCAGGCUGCUGCAACUCAAUCUUUCCAGUAAUCAACUGAAGAGUUUGCCUGCAGAAAUAAGUGGAAUGAAAAGAUUAAAGCAUUUGGAUUGUAAUUCAAAUCUCUUGGAAACUAUACCUUCUGAAUUGGCUAGCAUGGAAUCACUAGAAUUGCUUUAUUUACGGAGGAAUAAAUUACGUUUUCUACCGGAAUUUCCUUCGUGUAAAUUAUUAAAGGAAUUACAUGUAGGUGAAAACCAGAUUGAAAUGUUGGGGGCAGAACACCUUAAGCAUCUGAAUUCUAUCCUUGUGCUAGACCUGCGAGAUAACAAGUUAAAAUCUGUUCCAGAUGAAAUUACACUGCUGAAAUCUUUGGAAAGGCUUGAUCUAAGCAACAAUGAUAUUAGUAGUCUGCCCUGUUCAUUGGGAGAACUUCAUUUGAAAUUCCUGGCACUAGGAGGAAAUCCUUUGAGAACGAUUCGAAGAGAAAUUAUAAAUAAAGGAACCCAAGAAGUCUUAAAAUAUCUACGAAGCAAGAUUAAAGAUGAUGGACCUAGCCAAAGUGAUUCUGUUACUGAGACUGCCAUGACACUACCAAGUGAAUCUAGAGUCAAUGUACACGCCAUCAUCUCAUUAAAAAUAUUAGACUAUAGUGAUAAACAAACAACUUUGAUUCCUGAUGAAGUGUUUGAUGCAGUAAAAAGUAACAUUAUCACUUCCAUUAACUUCAGUAAGAAUCAGCUAUGUGAAAUUCCCAAAAGGAUUGUGGAACUGAAGGAAAUGGUUUCUGAUGUCAAUCUCAGUUUUAAUAAGCUUUCCUUUAUAUCCUUGGAAUUAUGUAUGCUUCAAAAAUUAACUUUUUUAGAUCUGAGGAAUAAUUUUUUAAAUUCUUUGCCUGAAGAAAUGGAAUCAUUGUUAAGACUACAAACAAUCAACCUUUCCUUUAAUAGGUUCAAAAUACUACCUGAAGUUCUGUAUCGAAUUCCCACACUUGAAACAAUUUUGAUUAGUAACAAUCAGGUUGGAUCUGUGGACCCUCAGAAAAUGAAGACAAUGGAAAAUCUGAUUACAUUGGACCUUCAAAAUAAUGACCUCCUACAAAUUCCACCAGAGCUCGGUAAUUGUGUGAACUUAAGGACAUUGCUACUAGAUGGAAAUCCGUUCCGUGUUCCUCGAGCAGCCAUAUUAAUGAAAGGAACAGCUGCUAUUCUGGAAUAUUUGAGAGACCGGAUUCCUACUUAAAUUGGAGUUGUUACAUAAUCUUGGUCAUGUUAGUUCUUAGAGUUCUUAAAUUGAUAACUAACAUAUUUCUAAGGUAUCACGUACAUUUAUAAUGGUGUAACCACAUAUAGUGUUCAUACAUUUGCUCUGAAUGUUUUGCAUAAGAUUUAUCCUCACUUUCAUUCCCUUAUAACACAGCAAACAGUUUCUUCAAAAAUGAAUUUUUAUUUAUCAUACUUUAAUAUUUUUAUAAUGACAAAGCAUUGUUGUAGAGAUGGGUUUUUUUUUUCCCAUUUCUGUUUGUGUCGCGUAUAUUAUGACCAAUUGACUUGAAUAUGACCAUCCAAUUUCUACCUUUUUAUUGGCUAUAAAAUUGAAUUGAAUUUUAUUUAAUACUGUUCUUUGGCAUUUAAAAAAGUAAGACUUUUCAUUAUCCAUAAUAGAACUUUUAUGACGUGUUUGGUUUCAGUAUAAGUUUCAAGUUAAUAUUUACUGUCUUUUUUUUGUUUAUGUAGUUGAAAUAUUUUUUCCUAGCCUUUUUUACAUGUUUCAUGAAAUCAUUCUGUCGGGGUUUCUAAUGUCACAGAAAUGCUACAUAAGAUAUAGUUAUUGGUGGAGAAAGUAAUAAAAAUGUUGUUAUAAUUGCUCUCACAA